AUAUUCGGUUUCUAUAACAAAAGCGUAACAAAAUAUGUUGUUAUUUGAUCAAGUAACAAACCAGUUUCUCGUGUGACGUACUCCAAUUAGAGGCUUAUAACCGAAGUCAGUCAGGCAGUCGCGUGCUGGCAUCCAACCCAAUUGACAUGUAAACACGAUGCCUUCCUAUACAAUGUGGAAAACGACCGAAGAUUUGGAACUUGUAUUGUCAUCAAUCCAAGAUGAUCUCCGCAAGCAGGUAUCGGAGAUGCGAAGCAAGGUGGCCAACUUUAGGCCGCGCCUGGCCAUCGUGCAGGUGGGCGGGCGCGAGGAUUCCAACGUCUACAUCAGAAUGAAGCUCAAGGCAGCUGAGAAUAUUGGCAUAUACGCUGAACAUAUCAAACUGUCCCGAGAUAUAACUGAGGCUGAGCUCCUGGCCAAGUUGAAUGAGCUCAACGAAUCUCCCGAAGUUCACGGUAUCAUCGUGCAGAUGCCUCUCGACUCGAUCCACCCAAUUGACAGCCAUCUGGUCACUGAUGCUGUUUCACCGCAUAAGGAUGUCGACGGUUUAAACACCCAAAACGAGGGUCGCGUAGCCCUAGGCGAUCUCUCCGGGUUCGUCCCCUGCACCCCGGCGGGGUGUAUCGAGCUGAUCAAACGCACCGGAGUGUCUAUAGCGGGCAAGCGGGCGGUGGUGUUGGGGCGGAGCAGGAUCGUGGGCACGCCCGUCGCAGAGCUCCUCAAGUGGGAGAACGCUACGGUCACCGUGUGCCACUCGAAGACGGCCAAUUUGAGUGAGAUUACAAAGACCGCAGACAUCUUGGUCGUGGGUAUCGGCAAAGCAGAAUUAGUACGCGGCUCUUGGAUCAAGCCCGGAGCAGUUGUGAUUGACUGUGGAAUAAACCCUAUUCCAGACUCGACAAAGAGCAGCGGUCAGCGGCUGGUGGGCGACGUGUCGCACUCGGAGGCGGCGCAAGUGGCGUCGCACGUGACGCCGGUGCCGGGCGGCGUGGGCCCGAUGACGGUGGCGAUGCUCAUGCGCAACACGGUGGUGGCGGCGCAGCGCCAGCUCGACCGGCUCGUCGCGCCCACCUGGCCGCUCAAGGUGUUGCGCCUGAAUCGCGUCUCCCCGCCGCCUAGUGACAUUGUGAUCGCACGCUCUCAAAAGCCAAAAGAUAUCAGCAAGUUGGCCGAAGAGCUGGGUCUAUUUCCGAGUGAAAUCUCUCAGUAUGGACACACCAAAGCCAAGAUAUCUCUUUCUGUCCUUGAUCGGCUUAAAGAUCAACGCGGGGGGAAAUAUAUCGUUGUGGCCGGGAUAACCCCCACCCCCUUGGGCGAGGGCAAGAGCACCACCCUGCUGGGGCUGGUGCAGGCGCUGACUGCGCACCGCGGCCGCAACUCGUUCGCCUGCAUGCGCCAGCCGAGCCAGGGACCCACGUUCGGGGUCAAGGGCGGCGCCGCGGGAGGGGGGUACUCGCAGGUCAUACCCAUGGAAGAUUUCAACCUGCACUUAACUGGUGACAUCCACGCCGUGACAGCAGCUAACAACCUCCUAGCCGCUCAGAUGGACGCUAGGAUUUUCCAUGAAUUGACCCAAAAGGAUGGUCCCUUAUACGACCGUCUGGUACCAAAGAUCAAGGGCGUGAGGAAAUUCUCGCCCAUACAGUUGAGGAGGUUGAAAAAACUCGGCAUUGACAAGACUGACCCUGACGCUUUGACUCCUGAAGAGAGGACCAAGUUUGCAAGACUUGACAUUGAUACUUCCAAGAUCAUGUGGAAUAGAGUUGUGGACUUGAACGACAGAUAUCUGCGCAAAGUGACAAUUGGUCAGUCCCCAACCGAGAAGGGAUUCACCCGCGAGACCAGUUUUGACAUUUCCGUCGCAUCAGAAAUCAUGGCGGUGUUGGCCAUCGGCAAAGAUGUAGAAGAUAUUAAGGAGAGACUCUCCAAUAUGGUCGUGGCUCUGGAUAAACGCGGAAACCCCGUUACAGCGGAUGAUCUUGGUGUGACCGGCGCCCUCAUGGUGCUGCUGAAGGAUGCGUUCGAGCCGACGCUGAUGCAGUCGCUGGAGGGCACGCCCGUGCUGGUGCACGCGGGGCCCUUCGCCAACAUCGCGCACGGCUGCUCCUCCAUCCUGGCCGACAAGAUCGCCAUGAAGCUGGUCAAGGAGAACGGCUACGUGGCUACCGAGGCUGGCUUCGGAUCGGAUAUUGGCAUGGAGAAGUUCUUCGACAUAAAGUGCCGCGCGUGGGGCGCGGCGGCGCAGUGCGCGGUGCUGGUGUGCACGGUGCGCGCGCUCAAGAUGCACGGCGGCGGGCCCACCGUCAGCCCCGGCCUGCCGCUGCACGCCGUCUAUGUGGAGGAAAACCUAGAUCUCUUGAGCAAAGGUUUGUGUAACCUGGGCAAGCACAUUAGCAACGGCAACAAAUUUGGCGUACCGGUUGUAGUGGCGAUAAACAAACAUGGCAACGACACAGCAGCCGAACUGAAUAUGGUAAAAGAGUUCGCCGUCCAGAACGGCGCUUUCCGCGCCGUGAUCUGCGACCACUGGGCGCAGGGUGGCGCUGGAGCCAUCGACCUUGCUGAUGCCGUCAUCGCGGCCUGUGACGCACCAUCCAGCUUCAACUACCUCUACCCACUGAGCAUGUCCAUCCAGGACAAGAUUCAGAAGAUCGCCUUCGAGAUGUAUGGGGCCGGCAAGAUCGAAUACACUGAUGAUGUGCUGGAGAAGAUCAAGCGUUUUGCUGAUAAGGGCUACGACAAGUUCCCAAUCUGCAUGUGCAAGACGUCGAACUCGCUGACCGGCGACCCGAGCGUGAAGGGCGCACCCUCGGGCUUCGCCCUGCGCGUGUCGGACGUGUUCGUAUCUGUGGGCGCGGGCUUCGUGGUACCCAUGGUGGGCGAGAUCAGCAAGAUGCCCGGCUUGCCCACCCGCCCCAGCAUCUACGAUAUCGACCUCAACACCGCCACCGGCGAGAUCGAGGGACUCUUCUGAGUUCAUUUUGUAUUGAUUAAACGGUUUUAUUGCGA